AUGGGGGCAUCGCUGGAAGCCGAGGUUGUGGUCCUGCCUGAAACCAUCCGCGGACAGCUGGGCGGCCAUUAUCCAGGGCAACCUGGCACAGGUGUUUUCGCACUUGUGGAAGCAUCAGGCCCUGUUUUUUCAGCUCGGCGAUGCGGAGGAGCCAGAGUGCACUUCUCCGAACUCCUGGACCCUUCUGAUGUGGCCGAAACCAAGUUGGUGGCUGAGUUGAACCAUCACCUGGGCCGCAUCGAAGAGUUGACGAAGUCGAAUGGCCGAGCGGGGGUACGACUGCACAAUACCAUCUGGAAAGAUCAGGAGUCCAAAGAGGAGUCACUUGGUUGCCACGUCGGAGAAUUUGGGCGGACCACCUCAGCCCUCUGUCGGUCUCCAAUGUUAGCAGUGAAACCCGAGAAUCUGAGACGGGUCUCGCUUCCCACCGAUGCUCCCCUACCUGUGUUGGACAGCAUCGGCCGAAGAAGCAUCAGCAGGCUCUUAGGAGACACUGGCUGGGGGUUGCCUGACAAUGUGGUGGCAGGCAUCGCGAGUUGGUUGCAGAUCUGCAGAGUUCACUUGAGCGACGUGACAGUGACUGGCUGCUCAUCUUCAAGGGGUGAUUUUCCCAUCUCCGCCGUUCUGAAUGAUCAGGAAAAUGAAUGGUGGAUUUCGAACUCGGGCACAUGUCCAGAUGGUCAUGGACAUGAGUACCUGGAGUUUUCCUUUGGUGCCGAGCGCCGCGUGACAGUGGUGGCGGUGAAGAUCCCAGCGUUGCCCUAUGGCCCGCUGUCGGUGCGCGACUUUCACCUUGAAGUCAUCGACCCCAUGAAGUCGUUGACGCCGACGCAGCUGAUGACGUUGGAUUCUCGCGAGAUGCAAGAGUUCGUGCUUUUUCCGCCUUUGGAGUGCAGGAAGCUUCGUUUGGUGUGCACCCGCAAUGCUGCGGCUGCCAUGAUGUCGGCUGAGCAUGUUCCGAGGUCACUGCUCGGGCGUGGAGGCGAUUGCAUUGGUUUGUUUCAAGUAGGUUUCGCUUAG